CCUCUGUCCAGCGUCCAGUAUGAGGAUAUUCAGCCUGUGACUACGAGGGACGUUCAGAGCUAUCAGAAGGAAGAUCAUGUCUCCCGCCAUGUCUCUGUGGACGGCUGUGGUCUUCGCGGUGGGUCUGUCAGUACAUGCACAAGGUCCCAACACGUUCAUCGGGGUGUGCUCGAGGCAUGUGGAAAAGGUUCCCGUUAUUUACAAUGAGACGUUCAUCCAGCCAGUGCACCAACCGUACCUGACCACAUGCCGCGGACAUAGGACCUGCAGCACUUACCGGACCGUCUACUCAGUGUCAGUGCGGCAGGUGAAGAGGGAGACUGUCCAGGUCAAGUCCGUGUGCUGCCCGGGGUGGAAGAAGAAGGAGCCCAAUUCUGAAUCCUGCGAGGAAGCCGUGUGCCGCAAGCCUUGCCAGAACGGGGGGACCUGCAUCAAGCCCAACAUGUGCCGCUGUCCUGCUGGCUGGGGGGGACGGUACUGCCAUGUCGAUAUAGAUGAGUGCCGGCGCCCGUCCCGCUACUGCUCCCAGCUGUGCGUCAAUACCCGGGGCAGCUACCGCUGUGAGUGCAAUGCGGGCUCUGUGCUCCAGGAAGACGGGAAGACUUGUGUAACCAAUAAGACUCCGGCCUCUGUCCCGGCUCAGCAAGCUGAAGAUUCAUCUCACAGACUGUCCAAUGAGGUCCAGGACCUGCGCGGCCUGGUCUCAUCCUUGGAACAGAAGCUGGACAGCACCCUCUCGGCUCUGCAGCGGCUCAUCCCCAUCAAGCUCUCCGAGAUCCGCCAGGAAGAGGUGCAGGAAUUCUGGGAGCGGAUCCGCAGUUUGGACCGAGUGGACUUCUUAAGUGAUCAGCUGAUGUACAUGGAAGAAAAGAUGGGGGAGUGUUCCUGUCGCGGCAAUGACAUAGAGAUACCUGUAAAUCUGAAACGCUAAUCACACAGAGUUCCUCAAAUUAUUUAUAUUCCCCCCAUGGACCAGUUUAUUUAUGUCCCCCGUCUCCUAUUUAUAACCCUGUUAUUGCUUUUUUUUUUUGUCACGUUACAAUAAUCAAUAAUAAAA